CCGGAAGUCAGCUACGACCUGCUCUUUCUCUCUUUGCUCCGUGGCAUUUUGUAGCGGAGGCGGAACGCGCUUUCACACCUAACCAGCAGCUGUAAGAGGAGGCGAGAAUGGACGAAACCACGGCCAGGUGAUCAUUGCAGGAGUGUCAGGGGAGUCGUUGUGUGAGCAGGUUGAAGUGAAGAAGAGAGAUCUUCACGUUAAAAUGAGCGUAAAACAUUUUGAUGUCACUGUGACAUUGCGUGGGAGAAUACUGUGACUGAUGUGAGAAGAAAGAAACGGGGAAUGCAGGCGUGCCAGCUAUAGGUUUUCUGAGGUUGUGAUGCCCAGGCGAGGGUUACCGUUCCAGGGUCGGGUCCGCUGGCUCUUCCUGGGCCUCUUCUUGCUGCUGGUGCUGCUGCUGUUUGCCUACCUGCUGGAAUGCACUCCACCAGCAGACGUGAGCCAGGUCCCGCCGGGCCUCGCCGGAGAGACCUACGGGAAGGAGUAUUACCAGGCUCUGCUGCAGGAACAGGAGGAGCGCCACCUGAACCGCGCGUCCAGUCUCAAGCGCCAGAUCGCUCAGCUCAAGCAGGAGCUUCAGGAGAUGAGCGACAAACUAAAGCUCCUGCAGGACAAGAAGGAACCUCCCGGGGUGCAGGGUUUGGGGGACAACAAAGACCAAGAGCCGGGCGAUUUGCUGGAAUACCUGCACUCCCAGAUCGACAAGGCCGAGGUCAACACGGGAGCGCGGCUGCCGAGCGAAUACGCUCUGGUGCCCUUUGAGAGUUUCACCUCCUCCAAGGUGUACCAGCUGGAGAUGGGGCUGACGCGCCACCCGGAGGAGAAGCCCGUCCGCAAAGACCGCAGGGACGAGUUGGUGGAGGUCAUCGAGGCCGCGCUGGAUAUAAUCAACAACCCCGACGAGGAGGACGGCGUUGAGGACGACAUGCCCAUGCAGAGGCAAACCUACACUGACGCUCACUUUAUCGAAGGACUGUACAGGACAGAACGAGACAAAGGGACUCUUUACGAGCUCUUCUUCGUCAAAGAGGAGUCCAGCAGCUUCCGCCACGUCACGCUCUUCCGACCAUUCGGCCCGAUAAUGAAAGUCAGGAGCACAUCUGUAGAAACAUCUGCAAUGAUUAUUAACAUCAUCGUGCCGCUGGCGGGCAGGGUCGACACUUUCGCACAGUUUUUGCAAAACUUCAGGCAGGUGUGCAUACAGCAGGACAGACGAGUUCAUCUCACAGUGGUUUAUUUUGGACAGGAGGGACUGCAGGAGGUAAAGACAUCUUUGGAAAAAAUGUCAAGGGAGGAGAGCUUCUCCAACUACACCCUGAUCCCGGUGGAGGAGGAGUUCUCUCGGGGUCGUGGUUUGGACAUCGGAGCUCACGCCUGGAAAAAGGGCGACGUUUUAAUGUUUUUCUGUGACGUGGACAUCCAUUUUACUCUGGAGUACCUCAACACCUGCCGUCUCCACACCGCUCCCAACAAAAAAGUCUUCUAUCCAGUGGUGUUCAGUCUGUACAAUCCUGCCAUAGUUUAUGGAAAUUUGGAGCUGGCUCCACCUACUGAACUCCAGCUGAUUCACAAAAAAGACGCUGGAUUCUGGAGAGAUUUUGGAUUUGGAAUGACAUGUCAGUAUCGCUCGGACUUUCUAAACAUCGGUGGUUUUGAUCUGGAGGUCAAAGGCUGGGGCGUGGAAGACGUCCACUUGUACAGGAAGUACCUCCGAAGCGACCUGAUCGUGAUCCGCACGCCGGUGUCGGGCCUGUUCCACCUGUGGCACGAGAAGCAGUGCGCGGACGAGCUGACGCCGGAGCAGUACCGCAUGUGCAUCCAGUCCAAAGCCAUGAACGAGGCCUCCCACUCCCACCUGGGCAUGCUGGUGUUUCGUGAGGAGAUCGAAGCUCAUCUACGCAAACAGGCCUAUAAGACUCAGAGCAAAACAGAGGACUGAUCAAGCGCCUGCAUCCCCGACAUCAUUACCACGCAAAGAUUUUAAGGGUGCUGAUAUUAUUAAGGCACUACAGCAAAGACGUGUUUACAUGGAUCCUUCCUUAUUUCCCUGCACAGCUGUAGACAAAUGAAUGUAAACAGUGAGCAAUGUGAAAAACUUCACAACACGGUACGAGUUACUGAACAGCUACAGCCAUAAAUGAUCAAUUUUUAGCAAUAUUUAACCUGUUUAAGGAGGACUUGAACGUGAAAAAAGGACAGUAUUGUGUAUCUUAAAGUAAGGUUGACAUUAUUCAUUUUGAAAGCAGUGAAGUAAAGCAUGCAGUCACGAGAGCCGGACGCCUCCCAGCAAGCCAUCCUGCCCGUUACAACCCCGGUGCCUGCAGUUUAUGCACCACAUCUGCUCCUUAACUUCUGAAUGUUAAACAGAAAACUCCAUCAAACCUCGCCGAGGACGGGCCGAUGUGUUUGGGGCUGGCGUGUCCAAUGAAAAAGAAGACUGUUACGAAAGGACAACAUAGCUUAUUUAUUGAGUCUAAGAACAAAGAGAAUUUGCACUCUCUCAUAAAAGGCUAAAACACAAUCUGACCAAGGAACAACGUGCUGGAGAACCUCCUCUUCAGAUCAAAGCAGUGAACAAUCUGUAACUCUUUUUAAGGUAUAUUGGCAGUAUAUGUUCUGUUGGUAUUGUAUUUAUACAGUAGGUUGUUUAGAAAAGGCAGCAUGGCUGAAAAAAGGGACCCUUUUACAUGGAUUUUGUGACAGUUAUUUUCAUACUAUGUUAACGAUGUCUGAGAGUUUACCAGAAGACGAGUAGUCUUGCAGCAAACUGCGUUACGAAAUCAGGCCCAUCUGGACCAGUGUUAGAUAAAACAAAUGAGAAAUGCACGCCGUCGAUGCCCAGAGAGAAUCCCUCCUGGCACCGAUCCCUCAAACCGAUGCUGGAGCACUACAAUCGGUCUUGUAAAUACUUUUGCAAUCAUUUCUUUGUUUCAUUCUUGCGAGUUGAAUAUUUUCGGUCGUUAUGUGCCUUCAGGCUCUUGACAUGACACGUGGACUAGAUUAUCUUGCAUAUGUGUGAAGCUGCGACGGCAGCGGUCGGCGAACUCCAGUCCAUCUCGUCGAGAAGUGAUUUUACUGAAGUACAGUUUCCUCGCAGGUUUCAGGCAAAAAUGUUGAGCUUGGCUGUAAAAAGCUUGCACAAACCAGGCCAGAAGUUCUUUUUGCUUUUCUCUCUGAGAAAGUAUUUCUUGCAUCACAUCUUGUACUAUUUUUUUUUUUUUUUAAUCUUCCAGUUUUUUUGUAGAUAGUCUUAAAGUCUCCUUAACUUGCAGGAGAAAUACGCGUCUUCCUUUCAGCAAUACACACAUAUACAAACGGAGAAAAAUAAAACAUGAGAGGUAAUGAUUUAUUCUGAAAUCUCGGCCAUGAAAUAAAACUUACAGAAAGCUG